UUCCGGUGGGCGGGCCCCCCCCCGCAUACCGGAAGUCGACGCCAACAUGGCCGCGCCCAUUGGAGCGGGGUGGCGACUUUAAACUUCUCCGCUAUUUUUUUUGUUAUUUUUUUAUUUGCCAGGUUAAGCCCAUUGAAUUAAUUACCAGGCGGGAGGGGGAGGCUGGAAGCAAGCGGCGAGCGAUGAAUUCGCCGCUGGUCGCUUCGACGCAACCCGCGAGAAUCAUCGCGUGGCGAUCGCUCGCCUCGCAGCGCCGCGCGCGGUCUUCGUCGACGGCCGAGAAGUCCGCCGCCUCCUUCUGGGCGCUGUGCCGCGAGCGGCAUUUCGUGUACGCGAAGCUCGGCGCCGGCGGGCAGACUCCGGCCCACGCUGCGACGGAGCUGCCCCGGGGUUCGGACGACGAUGAGCGGGCGGCGGCGGCGGCUGCUGCUGCUGCUGCUGAGGGGCAGGAUGAGGAGGGGUUGAGUUUCGGGCCCAUGGGGGUCGAGCUGCGGAGGAACGUGCGCGCCGCGUGGUGGGCCGAUAUGGUGACCGCGCGGCAGGACGUGGUCGGGGUGGAGACGCCGGCCCUGAGUCCGGCCACUCGCGAGCUGAGACGCUCGCUCGUCGACGGCAUGCUGAGAUGUUACCCACAAGCCCUUGCACUUUUCAACCGCAAACUGCCCUUUGGCCUUGCACAGGUGGGGGUCUGCAGGCCGCGGGGAGAGAGGGAGCACACGGAGAUGAGCCUGCUGUGGUUCUGCUCUGCUCGCACAGCGUCUCAGUGGAGCGAGUUCUGGCUCCGACAGAGACUCAGCUGGUGGAGAUCGCUGGCCGUGCAGCCGUCUCACUUCACAUCGACGGAGGGCGGAGACGGGGAGGGGGGGGCACGGGGGGGCCACGCGGUGCGCUACCGCGUGCCCUGGGAGCAGCGCGCCGUCGAGGGCGUGCGCAGCCUGGGGCCCGUGAGCGGCGCAACGGCACCGCGGUCGUCGCCUCCGCACGCCGUGCUCGUGUCCAGCAGCCUCGACUCGGCCGCCCUCUCCCUCCUGUGGGAUGCCAACUCGCCGGGGGUCAGGGGUCACGCAGGGGGGCGGCAGGUGAUGAGGCUGCACCCCCGCGUCGCGCCCGUCAAAGUGGCGGUCGACCUGGGACGAGGCCCCACGGCGGAGCUCCGCGAGCUGUGCGAGGGACUGUGUGCUGAGCUGAUCGCUGCUGGGGCCGUGGUUUGGCCCGGAUACAGAGACACCCAGCAGAACACCCUGGAGCAGCUCUAUAGCCGCUACGACGAGAUGGGGGUGCCACUGGUGGUGGUGGUGAGCGAGUCGACGCUGGAGUCGGGAUCCAUCCAGCUGCGGCACAGAGACACGAGCGUGCGCGAGACGGCGCAUGUCAACACCAUCACCCAGCUCGUCACCUCCCUCCUGCUGCUCCAUCAUCCGCAUCAUCGUCGUCACGGCGGCACGGGCGCCCCCCCUCUCAGCCACGCGGCGAGCACGGAGGGCACACCACUCGCCAAGGACCCGUGACCUCCCAAGAGACAGUGUCAAGGUCAAGAGGUCAUCAUGGUCUCGCCACCCACCGCCAUCGCACCCUUCCUCUGCCUAUAUUUUUUAAUUAUCAACACCCAACUUCAAGAAUCGCUCUUACAGUUUCGUCAUCAUUAUCCCCAUCAUCACUGACAUCAUCACCAUCGUCAUCAUCUCACCAUCGUCAUUAUCUUCAUCAUUACCGACAUGAUCACCCUCAUCAUCAUCCUUACCAUCAUCAUCCCCAUCAUAAAAAAAAGAUAUAGGGUGCUAACUUUAGUAAUUAAUGUGAAGAACCAAUGGCGUCUACAUCUGCAGAACGUGAAGAAUCAGUGACAUCUGCAUAACACGAAGAAGCAGUGACCUCUACAUCUGCAGAACAUGAAGAACCAGUGGCAUCUACAUCUUCAGGAGAUUAUACAACUUUUGUGUACACGCCAUACAACAUAUUUGGAAUUGACAGGAGUAAAGUUGGACUUAUGAACAAAUCGACUUUCGAACACACACGUGCAACCUAACUCGUUCAUAGGCUGUGGAACGAUCUUCGACGAGAUAUCAGGGAUCUCGAGUCUGAACAUUUAAAAAAUGCGCCUUAAAACCUAUUUGUACGCUUCCACUUAUCCAAUUUUUUGUUCAUUUAGUAAAUAUAUUUUUUUAAAUGUAUUUAUAUUUUCAUGCUGAGCAUCUGCUGUUGCUGUGACCUAUACAACGCUUUUUAGAUCUUUGAUGAAAAGCCGCUUAAGUUCUAUGAUUAUUGUGCUUGCCGGAACGCUCAUAAACAAGUACAAAUUAA